AAACACCGGAGAGUUAGACUGGGCUCCUCGGUGGGGUGAGGCUCUGGGAUAACUACUGUUACAGCUUUGAAGGGUCAAGGGUGUGCGCUUUUUGUUUGAUCCUUCCCUUUCCUGCUGGAGGGCGAGGCCGGUCUGUAGCGGAUCACUUCCUUCCGCCCACACAUUGGCGGAGGAGAAACCGGAAAGUUAAUCACUGCCCUGCUGUGAGAACUCGGGCCUUUAGGGGCACGUUCGCCUGCUGACCGGUCUUCUAAUCUCGCCAUUCUUUUCCAUGCGGGAGGAUUGGCCACCAAAGCCUGUUUAUUAGCAGCUGCCAUUUGUUGAAAGAAUUUUGGAUUAUUUUAGAAACAAAUUUGGAAAGAAAAAGAAUGGCAUCCGUUUCAGCACUAACUGAGGAACUGGAUUCUAUAACCAGUGAGCUACAUGCAGUCGAAAUUCAAAUUCAAGAACUUACAGAAAGGCAACAAGAGCUUAUUCAGAAAAAAAAAGUCCUAACAAAGAAAAUAAAACAGUGUUUAGAGGAUUCUGAUGCCGGGGCAAGCAACGAAUAUGAUUCUUCACCUGCUGCUUGGAAUAAAGAAGAUUUUCCAUGGUCUGGUAAAGUUAAAGAUGUUCUGCAGAAUGUCUUUAAACUGCAAAAGUUCAGACCACUUCAGCUUGAAACUAUUAACGUAACAAUGGCUGGAAAGGAGGUAUUUCUUGUUAUGCCUACAGGAGGUGGAAAAAGCUUAUGUUACCAGUUACCAGCAUUAUGUUCAGAUGGUUUUACACUCGUCAUUUGCCCACUGAUUUCUCUUAUGGAAGACCAAUUAAUGGUUUUAAAACAAUUAGGAAUUUCAGCAACCAUGUUAAAUGCUUCUAGUUCUAAGGAGCAUGUUAAAUGGGUUCAUGCUGAAAUGGUAAAUAAAAACUCUGAGUUAAAGCUGAUUUAUGUGACUCCAGAGAAAAUUGCAAAAAGCAAAAUGUUUAUGUCAAGACUAGAGAAAGCCUAUGAAGCAAGGAGAUUUACUCGAAUUGCUGUGGAUGAAGUUCACUGCUGUAGUCAGUGGGGACAUGAUUUCAGACCUGAUUAUAAGGCACUUGGUAUCUUAAAGCGGCAGUUCCCUAACGCAUCACUAAUUGGGCUGACUGCAACUGCAACAAAUCAUGUUUUGACGGAUGCUCAGAAAAUUUUGUGCAUUGAAAAGUGUUUUACUUUUACAGCUUCUUUUAAUAGGCCAAAUCUAUAUUAUGAGGUUCGGCAGAAGCCCUCAAACACUGAAGAUUUUAUUGAGGAUAUUGUAAAGCUCAUUAAUGGGAGAUACAAAGGGCAAUCAGGAAUCAUAUAUUGUUUUUCUCAGAAAGACUCUGAACAAGUUACGGUUAGUUUACAGAAUCUGGGAAUUCAUGCAGGUGCUUACCAUGCCAAUUUGGAGCCAGAAGAUAAGACCACGGUUCAUAGAAAAUGGUCAGCCAAUGAAAUUCAGGUAGUAGUGGCAACUGUUGCAUUUGGUAUGGGAAUUGAUAAGCCAGAUGUGAGGUUUGUUAUCCAUCAUUCAAUGAGUAAAUCCAUGGAAAAUUAUUACCAAGAGAGUGGACGUGCAGGUCGAGAUGACAUGAAAGCAGACUGUAUUUUGUACUAUGGCUUUGGAGAUAUAUUCAGAAUAAGUUCAAUGGUGGUGAUGGAAAAUGUGGGACAGCAGAAGCUUUAUGAGAUGGUAUCAUACUGUCAAAACAUAAGCAAAUGUCGUCGUGUGUUGAUGGCUCAACAUUUUGAUGAAGUAUGGAACUCAGAAGCAUGUAACAAAAUGUGCGAUAACUGCUGUAAAGACAGUGCAUUUGAAAGAAAGAAUAUAACAGAGUACUGCAGAGAUCUAAUCAAGAUCCUGAAGCAGGCAGAGGAACUGAAUGAAAAACUCACUCCAUUGAAACUGAUUGAUUCUUGGAUGGGAAAGGGUGCAGCAAAACUGAGAGUAGCAGGUGUUGUGGCUCCCACACUUCCUCGUGAAGACCUGGAGAAGAUUAUCGCACACUUUCUGAUACAGCAGUAUCUUAAAGAAGACUACAGUUUUACAGCUUAUGCUACCAUUUCAUAUUUGAAAAUAGGACCUAAAGCUAAUCUUCUGAACAAUGAGGCACAUGCUAUUACUAUGCAAGUGACAAAGUCCACGCAGAACUCUUUCAGGGCUGAAUCAUCUCAAACUUGUCAUUCUGAACAAGUUGAUAAAAAGAUGGAGGAAAAAAAUUCAGGCAACUUCCAGAAGAAGGCUGCAAACAUGCUUCAGCAAUCUGGUUCUAAGAAUACAGGAGCUAAGAAAAGAAAAAUCGAUGAUGCCUGAAAUGAAGGUUACUAAAUUUUCUAAUUAAAGAUGGUUUAUGCAUGUAUAUGCCAUUAUUUUUGUAGUUAGUUAGACAAUAGUUUUUAAAACAAUUUCAGUUAUAUUUUAUAUGUAUGGAUCUAUAUUUUCAGAGCUUAUCUCUGAAGAUCUAAACUUUUGAGAACGUUUGAAAAUCAGAGAUCAUGAAUUAUAUAUUUUCCAGUAUAAAACAAGGGAAAAAUUUUUAUGUAAAACCCUUUAAAUGUAAAAUAUUUGAGAAUAAGUUCAUGUAAUUAUCUUAAGUAAGUAAGUUUUUUAUGCCUUUAUAUACUUAGCUAUAUUUUUUCUUUUGACAUAACUAUCUUUUUGAAAGCAAUGUUAUACUGACAGAGGCUCAAUUGUAGAUCAGGGAUGUCCAAUCUUUUGGCUUCCCUGAGCCACAUUGGAAGAAUUGUCUUGGGCCGCACAUAAAAUAAUAUGCUAACACUGACGAUAGCUGAUGAGCUUAAAAAAAAAAAAAAAAAAAUUGCAAGAAAAAUCUCAUGUUUUAAGGAAGCUUACAAAUUUGUGUUGGGCUGCAUUCAAAGCUGUCCUGGGCUGCAUUAGGCCCGUGGGCUAGAGUUGUUGGACAAGCUUGUAGAUGAUUUCAGGUUAUAAAACCAGAAGUACAAUUCAACAAAAAAGGAGUAAGUCAUCAAUAUAAAUAUUAGCAAACAAGAUAUUGCUACAUCUCUAUUUAAAGUAGAAUACAACCGAUUUUAAAGUUCCUGAAACCAUAGCCAUAUUUUGACAUUUCAAAAAGAAUGGUUCUAGUCUACUAGAGUACAUUUGGCUACGUAGAUAACUUAGCUAAAUUUGCUCCAAAGCUAAAUCACAAGUAAACACAUUUAUGUUUAAAACACAGAAAUAAAUAACUGAAGAUUUUUAUCUAAGCGGUCAGUGUUGUAUUAGAAAGAUAUAUCUAUAAAUAAACUUUGAACUGAUUUCAAACUUA